ACAGUCGUUUAUUGAGAGCGUUACAAAUCAUGCCACUCUCCUAAAAACAUGAAGUACUAAGUAUAAGAUUCGCAUAAUUGUCACCUUUCUUAAUCUUCAUUUUCGUGACUCUACCCUUCUCAAUCUGUCCCACUCCAACAGUCCAACGCACUUUUCUCAACAACCUAAGGUUUGAAUCUUUCUCAUAACAACAUUUGUAGCAAAAAGUUAACCAAACAUGGCAAUUACAACAUCUUUUUCAUUAUUAAUAUCUCCAAAAGUCACUAAACAAAAUCUUAUAUUUUACACCCUCAAAAACCACCACCACAGCCCUUCAAAUGGGCACAUUAAAUUCAACCCAAAUCUCAAAACCUCAGUCUCUAAACUCUUUAACACCAUCCAAAAACCCCAAUUCUUACGAUUUCGAUACGUAAGGAAUCAAAUAAACUCCAUGUUCACAGGCAUUGUUGAAGAGCUUGGCCAUGUUAAGCAUAUGGGAUAUGAUGAAGAUGGUGGAUUUCACCUUAAAGUUGAAGGAAACAUUGUCCUACAAGAUGUUAAUCUUGGUGACAGUAUUGCCGUUAAUGGUACAUGUCUAACUGUGACUGAAUUUGAUACUAAUGCUUCGGAAUUUACACUUGGGUUGGCGCCUGAGACGCUUAGGAAGACGACGUUGAUGGAGCUCGAACCCGGGUCGAUUGUUAAUUUGGAAAGAGCCCUUCUGCCUUCUACAAGGAUGGGUGGUCAUUUUGUUCAGGGGCAUGUUGAUGGGACAGGAGAAAUUGUAUCACUUGAUCAAGAAGGUGAUUCUUUAUGGGUGAAGAUAAAAACAAGCCCAGAGAUACUAAGGUACAUCGUACCAAAAGGGUUCAUUGCAAUCGAUGGCACAAGUUUAACAGUGGUGGAUGUGUUAGACAAAGAAGCAUGCUUUAACAUCAUGUUAGUUGCCUACACUCAACAAAAUGUAGUGAUACCACUCAAAAAAGUUGGUCAAAAAGUUAAUUUAGAAGUUGAUAUAUUAGGAAAAUAUGUGGAAAGACUCCUAAGCAGUGGAUUUCUUGAUCCUACCAAAUCAUAAUAUGAUUACGAUUAUGAUUAUUAGCUUAUUUAUCAUUGGCAAGAUCUUGUAUGUAACCGGUGUAUUACAUACAAUUAUACUUACUAAAUGCUAUGUUUUGUAUUUUGUUGUUUUGUGAUCAACUUGAAUAAUUAUAAGUUCAUAGUUAUAUUAAUGAGAAGAAUUGUACGGAUAUACUUGUUUAUAUCUCAGU